GAACGGACGCCUCCUCCUCAGGUGCCCAGGCGCCGCGCUCCGGCGGCCUCCUCCUCCUCCUCGCUCCUCCUCGCUCCUCCCGGCUGGAUGGAAGCAGCGCGCCUCGGUGACAGCGGCUGAGUGAAAACUUACCGCGGCGCAGGAGAAGUCUCGUUUGAGAAGAGGGGGGAAAGAAAAAGCCAUGGCGGCAAUAAGGGAUUUCGACCCCCUCAACUCCACCGUACCUGCGACGAAGAUUGAAAUCACCGUCUCGUGCAGAAACCUGUUGGACAUGGACACCUUCUCCAAGUCGGAUCCAGUGGUGGUUUUAUACGUGCAGGGCCUGGGGACCAAGGAGUGGAGAGAGUUCGGUCGGACAGAAGUGAUCGAUAACACGCUGAACCCCGAUUUCGUGAGGAAGUUUGUCCUCGAUUUCUUCUUUGAAGAGAAGCAGAACCUGCGCUUUGAUGUGUACAAUGUGGACACGAGGAGCUCCAACCUUUCAAAACAUAAGGACUUCCUCGGUCAGAUGUUCUGCACGUUGGGGGAGAUCAUUGGCUCCACCGGCAGCCGGCUGGAAAGGACUCUCUCUGGGAUUCCAGGGAAGAAGUGUGGAACCAUCCUCUUCUCCGCCGAGGAGCUCAGCAACUGCCGGGACAUCGCCACCAUGCAGCUCUGCGCCAACAAGCUGGACAAAAAGGACUUCUUCGGCAAGUCCGACCCUUUCCUCGUCUUCUAUCGGAGCAACGAGGAUGGGACGUUCACCAUCUGCCACAAGACCGAGGUGAUCAAGAACAAUCUGAACCCCGUUUGGCAGCCGUUCACCAUCCCUGUCCGAGCUCUGUGUAACGGAGACUAUGACAGGACGGUCAAGGUGGACGUGUACGACUGGGACCGAGACGGGAGUCAUGACUUCAUCGGAGAGUUCACCACGAGCUACAGAGAAGUGUCCAGAGGCCAAAGCCAGUUCAACGUCUACGAGGUUUUGAACCCUAAGAAGAAAGGCAAGAAGAAGAAAUACGUCAACUCGGGGACGGUGACUCUGCUGUCCUUCAAAGUGGAGUCAGAAUGCACGUUUGUCGACUUCAUCCGAGGAGGGACACAACUCAAUUUCACCGUGGCCAUCGACUUCACAGCUUCCAACGGGAACCCGUCCCAGCCCACCUCGCUGCACUACAUGAGUCCGUACCAGAUGAACGCGUACGCCAUGGCCCUCAAGGCCGUGGGGGAGAUCAUCCAGGACUACGACAGCGACAAACACUUCCCGGCAUAUGGCUUCGGCGCCAAGCUUCCCCCGGACGGAAAGAUCUCCCACGCCUUCCCUCUGAACUCAAACACAGAAACCCCAAACUGCGUGGGCAUCGAGGGAGUACUGGAGGCUUACUUCCAGAGCCUGAGGACCGUCCAGCUGUACGGCCCGACCAACUUCGCCCCCGUGGUCAACCAGGUGGCUCGGUGUGCUGCCGAGGUGACUGACGGCUCCCAGUACUUUGUGCUGCUGAUGAUCACGGAUGGCGUCAUCUCGGACAUGGCUCAGACCAAAGAGGCCGUGGUCAAUGCAGCCUCCCUGCCCAUGUCUAUCAUCAUCGUAGGAGUGGGCCCCGCUGAGUUCGAUGCUAUGGAGGAGCUGGACGGGGAUGAAGUCAGGGUGUCCUCCAGGGGACGCAUCGCAGAGAGAGACAUCGUCCAGUUCGUUCCUUUCCGGGACUACAUCGACCGGUCGGGGAACCAGGUCCUGAGCAUGGCCCGCUUGGCUAAGGACGUCCUGGCGGAGAUCCCCGACCAGCUGCUGUCCUUCAUGAAGAGCCGAGGGAUCGAACCCCGGCCCCCUCUGCCCGCCUGCUCGGACUCGCCCUCCAUGUCCACCACCACCACCACCACAUCCACCAAGCCGGCCCCCCAGGAGCGCAACAGGCACGCCUGAGACAAACGGCAGCGAGGACGGUGGUCCUGACAUCGGGGCAAAGUGACAUGUGUGUGUCUGUGUGUGCGUGUGUGUGUAUUUGCUACAUGUGUUGCAUGGUUGCGGGGGGGGGGGGGGUGGGAGCCGAGUCGUAAUGGAAGGAGACGUGGACCAGAAGAACUGGUGGGGAUGGGUUCUUCCAAGAAGACCGGAACUGGAAAUGUGCUGAACACAUUCCAGCACCCGGCACCGAUUUAACGAAACAACUAUUACGACAAUUUACAAACCGCAUUUCAAUCAAAGGCGUUUCCCUCACUCGUCAACACAGCCACAAAAAGGGUUCAGAGUCCGAUAUUAUAUAUCAGGUUGUGGCGUCUGCGAGCCAAUGUUUUCUUUCAUGUUGCUUUGUGAAAAUCCUAAACGGGAAGUUAAGUUUAGAUGUGUUGUGUGGAGGGGCUCCACGUUUCAAGGUCAACAUUCACACCGAGCCUCGGCGAGUGGAAACUAAUCCCGGUUGGAUUGGAAGGGAAGGCGCUCGAGCCCCUCUUGAAAGCUUGAAAUAUAUAUAUAUAUAUAUAUACCAGCAUGAAAUUGGCUCGGGAUGGAGAACCGACUGAAAUAUCCCCACUUUCUACAAGCCACCGUACGCUUCAACAAUAUCGAGAGACUACUUCAGCCCCGGUCACAAAGCAAAGCUUAAAUAUGCCCGUGCCCCCCUGCCCCCUCCCCCCCCCCGUCCUCUUCCUCUAUAUUGUGGGGCCGUCCUUUGGCAUGAAUCAUUCAUGAGGUGGGUGCCCUCUGGUUCUCCAGCUGUCUGGACCUGUUUAAAGUAAAGGGAGCUGGUCAGCACUUAUUUCACGCCCCAGAAUACUUGGUAUGUAGCAGAGAACGUGCGAAAGAAUCAGAGGUCACCGCUUACACGGUGGAUAACAAAAGGAGAGUGAGGUUUGGUUUCCUCCAAAGUGUGAGAUGUGUGCACAGUCUGGUCUUCGCCAGCUGCUGCAUAAACAGACGGAUUUGCAAAUUGGACUUUUUUUUCCGCAGACGUUUACUUUCUUUCUCUAUUAAAUGUGUUAUUUCUGCAUUGGGGAUCUUUUCCUCACCAUCCACACAUACUGUGCAGUCGGGUUAAAACCUUCGGCACUUAGCAAAUAAGUGACCAGUCUUUAGAGACAAAUAUAACAAUAGUAAAUGAAUUUUCAAGCAUGUGUCAUAUUGUAUCAGAAAAGGAAAUGGAUAUGUGGCCUUAUUUCUGUCAUAAUCCUAAAAGUGUGUUACGAGGGAGGAUUUUUAUAUGACAAAACAUGUUAUUUUGCAUGCUUGUUGUGCUAAUAUGCUGCCGAUGAUUGAACUUGUUCAGAAAAAAAAGGAAACACUUACUGUAUAUUGGGUGACAGGUGGAACAGGACUUCAUACAACCUUCCUACAUGAGUUGACUAGUGAUCUGUGCGGGAGCGCUCUAUUUGUACUGUUACUGCGUGCAGCAUACUUGAAGGGACUGCGGAUGUGAUGAGCCCAAACAUAUAGAAGCCACGCCAAUAGUUUUAGGUUUGUAGCACACUGUGUUUGAAACAUGCAUGCGUGUGUCAGUACGCCAACACACGGCCACAGAAACGUACGGGAUACUUUUGUAUGACGCAUGUGGAGCUUUGUAUACAGUGUGCACAGUAUUAUUUAGUGACACUCCCAGGUGGAAUACUGCUCACCACUUCCCCCCGUCCAGUGUGAUCCGCACGGCCUCCUCGGCUACCAUGUAAAUAAUGCAUCUAAAGUAAUGUACAGAAUAUUUUGUGAAAGUCUUCCUUUCCUUACAUUUUGUUGCUCUCUAGACACUCUAAAUAUGUCCUUCCGUCUUGAUUUGUGUCAGUCAAAAUUAAAUUCUAGGUCUGUCAGUGUUUUAUAGCGCUUGCAUAGAAACCAAAAUAAAGAUAAUGUGUUCGGUUCA